AUGUCUUCAGCAGGGGCCCCUCGUGUGCCAAAGCAAGGGCAACAGCAGGUCGCAAAGGGAAGCGUAUCUCGAAAACCAGUUCCUGGGGGUGACGAAGCAGGAGAAUCAUCAACAGCUCAAGGAGGCCCACGGAGAGCACCUUCACGGCAACAGAGACCUCAACAACAGCAACAGCAAUCUAUGGUGCCAGCAUCCACCGAAGAAGAUGGCCGGCUUCCCAGGACGGCGAGGGGGCAAGAAAGUACGGCUGUCAGAGGAAGAAAGCGGUCGGCCGGUCCCAAGAGAGGGAUGCCUCGCCAACCUUCGACGCAGGGGAGCAGUCGUCAACCAGCUCCAGGGCGUACUGCUGAGAAUGUGACAGAGGCAAGCUUUUCUUCACGCAGAGAGCCUACCGAAAGUGCACCAGAACGUCCAGCAGCUUUAAGUACCCAACAACGCAAACUCAAUCAAGGGCCUCCAGCUUCCGCCAGAAACCAAGUCAGUCCAGAUCAAGGUGCACCCAACUUCUCUUUCCCGAAACCAGCGGUGAAAGAAGAACCUCCUCAAGCAGAGAUCCAAGCAAAUCAAACAGCUAGUCGUCGAGGACCGCCUCGAGGCCCAUUACCGUCUGCCCCCGUGGCCGCGGUGCAAGGCCCGUCUCGUCAGGGGCCGCCGAUCCUGGCAGAAGCCCUUCCUAUCCCGCGAGGACCGGUGCCCCCGGUCCCAACUUCAUCGCGGUCCGGACAAGUUCAAUCUUCUCGAGUUGAACAAGCUGUGCCGGUGGUUCUACGACCGACUCGUCAACAAGCAAUGGCCCCGGUGCAAUCGUUUGAGCAGGCACAGGCAAGGCGCAAUAUGCCACAGGAAAGAAACCCAGCCUACCCCCCGCCGCUCCGCACCGCAAACCUCAUGCCCGAUCCUCCUCCACGGCAAACCUCCGUGUCCGCCGGAGGAUUUUCGCAAACCUCUGACCGUUUGGUUUCACCGCAGAGCGCCUUACCUCAGGCCACGUACAAUCCCCACGUCUCGGCAGAGACUAGUCGCUCCCGCAAUGUUGUUUCUCCCUCAAAACCUCUACCCCCUUCCACUGGCUCGUUCUCUCGAAAGCCGGUCAAUUCACCGCCACACCAAAUGUUGAUGAACCCUCUUCGGUCAUCACCACCAAACCCCCCGCCCCCUCCUGCCGACUCAAGCUUGCCGGCCGGCUUCUCUCGCAACAUUGACAUGAACCCCUUGAGGCAGUCGCCUCCUAACCCACCCCAGAAGCCAGUCAUGUCUUCCAACCUUUCUCAACAAACCAUUAACCCCUUGAGGCAAUCGCCACCCAACCCUCAAGUAGCAGAAGACGGCAUACCCGUUGGUCUUUUCUCUCAAAACCCAUCAGCCCCUCCCCAAAGACCAGCCCUCGCCGCUCCUCCUCAACGAAAGGAAAUCGCCCCUCUCAACAUCACCAGCUCUUCCCGAAACAUCAACAACACCUAUCCUGCUGGCCCCUCCCGCUCCGGCAUCGUCAGCCCACCAAGAGUAACUUCCCCGCCCCAGGGCGGUUACCUCUCCCGCAACAUCACCUCCCCUUCGUCAAACCAAGACGGCGGCCGCUAUCCCACCAUGCCUCGGGCCGUCGUCUCCCCCCCCUAUCAGCCCCGCGCCGUCGGAGGCACUCCCUCCAAGCCAGCCUACAACCAACACUCGCACUCCAGCUCCUUCGACUCAGUCGCCUCCUCCGCAACGGCAACAUCCACCCGCCCGUUAAACCCAACCGUCCAACCAUCCUCUUCCUUCUCCCCGCCAACAAGAAAAAACACGGACCUGUCCUACUCCAAACCACUGUACAACACCCAGGCCCCGCAAACACCUUACAUGUCCAUCCUGCUGUCUCUGGACAAAAUCCCUCGCCUGCACAACAUCCUCUCCACCCUUUUUCUUUUUCUUCUUCUAGCCGGCUACGUGAUCAUCCCGGGGUCGUUCACGGCCCUCUCCCGCCCCCCGUUGGACCCUGAAAGCGCUAUACCCAUCAACCUAGGCGCAAACACCACCCCGGACAAGAAACUUCUUCUCACCAGGGCGAACACGGCAACGAUGGUGGUAGGCUUUGUGUUUAUCAUCAUCGGAACUUUUGGGACGGCGUGGCUGGGGUUGAAGUGGAGGAGGAAUUAUGUUUGGUUGCUGAACAAGUUGUACUUGCCGCUUGUGAUGUACAGCAUGGUUGGGCUGGUUGGGACGGUGGUGGGGGUUUAUGCUGUGCAGAAUGGGGAGUGGUCGACGCAGGCGAUCAUUGCUGGGAUUUUGGAGGCGGUGGAGAUGGUGGUUGGGGGAUUGUUGUUUGGGGUUUAUAAUGUUUGGUUGGUGCAGAGGGUCAGGCAGGAGGGUGGGGGUGGGCAAGGGGGGUAUGAUAAGCAGGAGAAGGAAAGGGGAAGUAAAAAGAAGGGGAACAGGAGGAGGAAGGGGGGGUUGAUGGGACGGUUUAGGGGGUGGAGGGGGAAGAGGAGUAUUGCUGUUGGGAGUGUGGUUUGA